UACUGGUGUUCAUUCCAGUCGUAUAGAAAAAGAAAUUCCAUUAGAAUAUGAGAAAAUUUGUGACGAGUGCCGAAAAGGGGAUCCUAAAGAAAGACCUAAUAUUCAUGAGGUUCUUAAUAAAUUACAUUCAUUGGAGGAUACAUCCACAAUAAUUCCUGAUAUAGUCAACAGCGACGUUAAUAUAGCAGACAGCAAACUUCUUGGACUAACUUUCGAUGCCCUUGGCAUAGAAAACUACUAUAAUAACAAUAAUACUGGUAUAGAAAACGGAAGCAGUAAUAAUGACCCUGGUACAGAAAACAGCGAUGGUAAUAAUGACUUUGUGCAGUAUUCAGAAUUGUUUGUACCACUAAUUACAUUAUUAGUUAAUGUGGUAAGGAAUGAACUUAAUAGUGGUAUAAUGACCAACAAAUAUCUGAAAGAAUGUAUCCAAGAACACAUGGAUAGCAAACAGCAAUCUUUGGAAAUACUAUUUGAUUAUUUAAACAAACAUUCUCAAAAAGAACCUAAUUUUAGCGUAAUUUUAGGCUUAUUUUACCAGCUGGGGGUAGGGAUUCAAGAGGACUUUGGGGAAGCAUAUACACAAUAUUUAUAUGCAGCAUCAAAAAAUAACGACAUUGGUCAAUAUUUGUUAGGAUGCUGCUACGAAUCUGGGAGAGGGACUCUAGAAUUAGAAUCGGAAGCCUUUAAUUGUUACAAAAGGUCAUCCGAAAUGGGGGCAUAUGAACUUGGUAAAGGCGUUAAUAAAAACACUGACGAAGCCGUCACUUGGUAUAAUGAGGCAUCCAACCAAGGAAAUAAGGAAGCAUCUACGAGGUUGAAAGCCCUUCAACAAAAACAAAAUCGUAGACACUGA